AUGUAUGUGUAUAAUGUAUUGAAGGAGGGUAAACGCAUGAACAAGAAAGGCGAGUUCGUCAUCACUUCAACAAAGACACGCACUCAAAAAGGCAAUAUCGAUGAUGCACUUCUAAAGCUGAAACAGCUAAUUGAAGAAGCGUCCGUUGUACCAAAGGAGACCUCAGAGGAGCAGAAGGAAGUAGUGCGGCAAUUACAAAAGAAAGCCAACACCAUGCGACUGAAGGAGAAAAUGUUCAACAAGCUAAAGAAGCAGAGCAGGCGGAAAGACUGGUAA